AGGUGAAUUAUGUUGUUGUCGACAAGGAAGUGCUUGUCACUUCGAAGAUUGUUAGCGUUGGAAUCCUAUUCAUCUUCCUCUCUCCAUAGACAUCGAUGUUCCUCUCCUCUCUCAUUUCUCCCUUCUCCGUUCCUCCUUGAAGCGUCAAGAGCUCCUGACUUGUCAUCAGCAACAGUAGCAUCUGCUCAUAGGGUUUUCUGCUCUCGAUCUGCGAAUCUCGACAAUGCUCAAGUACCUGCUGCCAUUGAUUAUCGUUCUCUUCUUGAGGAGGAUGAAUUUCACAGCUUGGCUGAUGCUACAAUAAAUGCUCUGCAAGAGAAAUUGGAGGAAUAUGGUGAUGACAUCCAAAUUGAUGGUUUUGACAUUGACUAUGCGAAUCAGGUUUUAACAUUUAAGCUUGGGAAUUUGGGUACCUAUGUGUUGAACAAGCAAACACCAAAUAGACAGAUUUGGUUGUCUUCUCCAGUGAGUGGUCCAUCUAGGUUUGAUUGGGACAGGAGUAGCCAAUCUUGGAUUUAUAGGCGAACUAAAGCAAAUUUAUUACAACUUUUGGAAAGUGAAUUGGAACAACUUUCUGGUGAACCUAUAUCUCUUUCGUAAAUUCUUGUAAAUGCCACUGCUUUAGCAGCACUGACUUUGGAUGUUGGAUUUAUGCUUGGUUACUUGAUUUCAUUGAGUCAAAUCCAUGAAUAUGUAUCAAUAUGUUGUUCACUUUUUUGGCUGGAGCUUGAACAACUUGUUUUCACAUAAAUGAAAGCAGUCUUUCCCUUUUCAGAAAGAGAAAGAUG